UCCCAAACUUCAGCAGAUAUUGAUGACCACACGCUUGAUUGUGAAAAGUCUGCCGGCGAACUGCACUGAAGCGAGUUUGAGAUCCUUUUUCAAGAAGUACGGGACACUUAGUGACUGCACACUGAAGUAUACUAAAGAGGGAAAGUUUCGCAAAUUUGCGUUCGUCGGCUUUGAUAGCGAAGAGAAUGCCAAGAAAGCUCUCAAGGAAACAGAUCUUUCCUUUAUGGGAUCGUCUCGUUUGCAUGUAGAAGAGUGCAAACCAUUUGGCGAUGCAAAUAAACCUCGUGCGUGGAGCCAGUACUCAAAAGACAGCAGUGCGUAUAAAAGAAAACACGAAGGGGAUUCACAUAAUGCAAGAGAAAAUGAAGACGGCAUGAAGCCGUUCGAGCCUUCAAAGAAGAAGAAAAUUGAUCCAGAGUAUCGAGAAUUCUUGGAAGCUCAGGGCGUGAAGGAAGUUGAGCAAUCAAAAUUAGCAGCCCAAGUACCUGCGGUUGAAAGUGAUGAACUUGUCAAACUCUUGCUGGAAGGCAUUACUGGCGACACUAAAUUAUCGCUGUUAUUCACCGGGUUACCGUCCUCAAUCAAGCAGAAAAAUCUGAAGGAGUGGCUAAGUCCUGUUCGAAUCAAAGCUAUGAAGAUUGUCACCAAUGACACUUCUGGUGCUGCUUUUGUAACAUUCAAUCGCCCUCCUGAUGUACGACGUGUUCUCCAAAGGAACCAAGAGUAUAUUGGAGGUUACAGACUUACUAUCACGAAAGUCAAAGCAGAAGAAGAGGCUACAGAAGAAGCCGAGCAAGAAGAGCAGCCUGAAGUCAGCAGGGAAACAGAGGAGGCUAGAAUACGUGAGGAGAUUUUGGAAACAGGAAGAUUGUUCGUGCGAAAUCUGCCUUUCACUACAAAGGAGUUUUUCUUUUUCAAAAAAUAUGGAGAAAUUGCUGAAGUGCAGGUCAUCGUUGACAAAAAGACUGGCAAAUGCAAGGGGUUUGCUAUUGUAGACUUUGUUUUCCCUGAAUCCGCUGUGGCUGCUUAUGCUGCAAGCGAUGGAAAGAUUUUCAAGGGUAGGAUGCUUCACAUUCUUCCUGGCUCAGAAAAGCGCGAAAACAACGACGCGGAUAAAACUGCAGCAAGCGAGAAGACCUCCUACAGAAAGGAGAAGAUGGCAAAGCUCAAAGCUGCUGCUACGAAGUCUCAUUCAUGGAAUGCCCUCUUUCUUGGUCCGAACGCUAUAGCCGACACUCUUGCUGAGAAGCUUGGUGUUGAAAAAGGUGACCUGCUGAACUCUGAGGGUGGAGAAAGCGCAGGUGUCCGUUUAGCACUAGCCGAGACCAGGCUUGUGCGUGAAACGCGUGAAUUUUUCCUUAAAAACGGCGUCUGCCUUGAUGCAUUCUCGAGACCGGCUGCCAAAAGAAGUGACACCGUGAUAAUCACCAAGAAUUUACCCGCUGGUGUAGAGGUAGAGGAAUUGGAGCGCAUGUUUGCAAAAUUCGGAGAGGUGGAGAAGGUCCUAAUGCCACCAGAGGGUGGCAUCAGUGCAAUCGUUGUGAUGAGCAAUGCUGUAGAUGCCAAGAAAGCGUUCCAAGCAUUGGCUUACUCACGUUUUCGUACCCAGCCUUUAUACCUCGAAUGGGCGCCUGGCGAUGUCUUCGGGGAGGAGGUGAAGGAGAAGGAGGUUGUCGAGCAUAUUGAAAGUGAAACCAAAGAGGAGGCGCAGGAGGAGAAGCCGGCGAAGAAGAAGAAGAAAAAGACUUAUGAAGAGAAGAAGGCUGAAAAGAGGAAACUAAAAGAACAACAGUCAGAUGUUAAGAAGGAAGAAGAAGUGGAUGUGGCAGAAGAGCAAAGUGCAGAGGAUCAUCCGACAGAUACAAAGGACUUUGAUAAAAUGGAUGGUGUUGAAGAUGAUGAAGUAUUGGAGCCUAAUGCUACAGUUUUUGUCAAGAAUCUCUCGUUUGCUACAACAGACGAAAAUCUGUCUAAAUUUUUUGGCAAGAAGUACCGUAUAAAAUCGGCGCAAGUGUCGAAGAAAUUAAAUCCUGCAGAUCCAAGCAAAAGCCUCUCAAUGGGCUUUGGUUUUGUACAAUUCUAUACGCAAGAAGAGGCUAAGCAGGCAAUUAAGGAGAUGCAGGGUGAACUUUUAAAUGGCCACUCCUUAGAGCUGAAACUGUCACAACGUGAGCUUGUUGAUAAGGAAGCCUUGAAACGCAAAGGCGUGAGCGCUACCGGACAAGGCACAUGUACGAAGUUGCUUGUACGAAACAUUCCAUUCCAAGCUAGCAUCAAAGAAAUUGAGAGCUUAUUUUCGUCAUUUGGUGAAGUGAAGAGCAUCCGAAUACCGAAAAAGGUCGGGGCUCGAGAUCAACAUCGUGGAUUUGGUUUCGUCGAUUUCAUAUCGAUCCCAGAGGCUAAACGAGCUUUUGAAGCGCUGGUUCAUUCCACUCAUCUUUAUGGGAGGCGAUUAGUCCUAGAGUGGGCGAAGACCGAUGACUCCGUUCAAGAGAUGAGAGAGAAAACCGCGGAGAAGUUCAGUGGUGGACGCGUCGCCAACCGUAAACAGAAGAAACGUAUGGAGGCAAUUGAGAAAGACUUGGCAGUGAUUGAUGAUGAUUAAGGAAGGUGUGGUUCUCAGCUAGUUCUGUACUACUUAUUGUGCCAAAUGUAUUUUUUUCUUUCUUAUCGAGUCAGUUUGACUGUGACUAGGACACUUUUCCGCACCAUCCAACUUACCAUGCACUUUUGAGGCGUCUUAGUUUUUGAUGUCACUCUUUCAUACUUGUCGUAUCUUUUUUCUUAAUGACAUUACAGCCUUGAAUAGCGCGCAAGUUGGUGCGAGUAUCAGGCGUUAUUGAUGACCCUUACGCUUGAUAAUGAGACCGCGUGGUAGUGUUAUUGUGAGUGUAAUAGCCCAUUUUUUUACGUUUCAGCCUUUGACUUAUCAGAAGCUGUUUUUAUUAUUUUUGUACAAAUUUAUGCAAAUGGACUUUUUUUCAUUUUUCCUACUUUGUUCCAGUUGUUCUCGUUAUCUGUUUUGUUGUUACAUUUGUUAUCAUCUUGAAUGGUAAUAAAUAUUGCCAAUAAGCUGACA